ACCUGCCAUACCUCCGGAGAUGAAGAUGAAGAUGAUAAUCACGGUCACAACUGCCAAUGGGAUGAUGCGGCAUACUAUGCCUAUCUUCCUCAUCUAUUUUCUCCACCAUAUUUCAGUCUAUGACUCUGUACCAAGGAUGUUGAGGGCGAGAGAAGGUACUAAUGGGGUUUCUCUAACCAUUUUAUCAAAGCUGAGACAAAUGUGGGCAUCUCAACAUUUCUCAUUGCUGCAAUGGUUUUCACAUCUUAACUAAUUCGUUUGCUAUGUUGCUAAAAGGUAUAAUAAUCUGAAUCCCCUAUUUUGGAAUAUUUGAUUCUUGGUACUCCAUGUAUUAGCUAUAGUUAUCUUAUUUGUACCUAAUUUCUGCUAUAACGAAAUGUAUGGAGGGAAAAAAAUAGUACUUUCUUAUGUGAUAUAAUGAUUCUUCUAGUCAGGUAAAAGGUCAUUUGACAUGUUCAUCAUUUGUUUUUCUUCUUAGGUAAACCUGCUCUCUGUUAUCAUUUAUUUCCUAAUUCAGGAGAUAGAGUUGAUACUAGUUAUUACUGUAGUAACCUAUAGCCAACUUCAGUUUUCUGCCGUUUCAGUUGGAGGUGCACUUAAACUUGAGACAGCUUGUUUAAGUAAUGCAGAGUUACUGGUUUAUACUAUACUUGAUAGAAUGUUUUAACAUUUUUCAUAAAUUUGAAUGAUCUUGAAAUGACUAGUAUAUUCAUAAUUUGGCUACAGUUUCAUGAAAAUAUCAGGAUGUUUCAUAAAUCUAUUCAUAUCUAGAAAUGCUUCCUAACUAAUCUUUCUUGGAAACUCAAUUUGCAAAUGAGGGCUUGUGGUUAAGAGGAAACUUUGUUGGUCUCCUAAACUUGUGUAAGUUUGAAUGAAAUAAACUUAAAGAUGUUUAUGUGUGAAUGUUGCAUUAAAUUUAAUUUCAACUUGUUUAAUGUGAACAUAAAUGAUUGUAGAAUGUUUAGGUGAGAAUAACAUGUUUUGGUGUGAAUGUGUUAUGGGGUUUUAUUAUACUUGUUGUACUCUGUAUAAUGAUCAUCAAAUUUAUGUAUAAUAUAUCAACUUAAGAAUGUUUGUAAAAAAACAACCUCGCACAUGCAUACCAAUAGUUGUAACAAAAGCAUGAUCUUGGGAAAGUUCCAAUUUUCAUGUAUUAAUUUCCAAUUUAUUGUUCAGAAUAUUUGGGCUUUCAUAUUUGUCCAAAAUUAUUUUGUGAAUGAAAUUUGUAUUUUAUCAUGUAAAAUGCUUUGCCCCAUAUAUCCUACUUUUCUAUUUUAUUAUUUUCAUGUUAGUUUAAAAUCCCAUUUUAAAAUGUUGUCAAAUAAUUUUUUUUCUCAAUUUUCUUUCUUGCGUUUAAAUAAAGUCAAGUGACUAAUACUAUCGGGUUGUCGAACAAAUGGUUUGGCAGUAAGCAUGCAGGACUUCCAACUGGUACAGUUUUUGACGUGUCUAUUUACACUUUAAGUCAUUUAUGAUAUCUACCAAACAACUCAUGAUCUUUGGGCUUGUUUUAUUUCUUUGUCAUUAAACUUUUUUCCCAAAGGAGUGCAAAUCUCGUUUCACAUUUAGAAAGAGAAGGAAAUCCAAGGAAACGUUCAUUUGUGGAUAUAAUCCAUCGGAUUAAGGUUUGUUCAACGCCGCCUUCUCUUCGUACCGAUAUUAGUGGGGCUUCCAUCCCUGCAGGGCUCGCAAGAGACGGAAGGAAGGGUCAAUCAACUAUCCAAGGGCUUGCGAGAGAGAAGAGGAAGGAUCAAUCCACUAUCCAUGGUGUGUCUUGAUCAUACAAAUUCACUUUAAUGGAAAUAAUUCAUUGCAUCUAGUCCAAGGUGAUCUAUGGAUCUUAAGAACAAGCCCUCUUAUCACAUUUGAUCAAAUAGUAGGACGUUAAGACAGAUUGAAUCAAGAAAAAGAGACUAGUUUGGAAAGAAAUCUAUCAUUUCUUUUUCUGAAACGUACUAAUUUGUUGGAAAUUUCUUCAUACACUGGAGGCGGAAAUGAGUACAAGUGCAGUAAGUAUGGACAUUCACCAUUAUGGUGUUUUAAUUGAUGACAAGAAGAGACAAGUGCAGUGCAACUUCUGUGGAAAAAUCGUGAGCUGCUUCAGCCGUCUCAAAUUCCAUUUAGCUGGAAUAAGGGGAGAUGUAGCUCCUUGUCAGGAGGUUCCACCUGAAGUAAGGGAACUUUUAAGAACUGAAUUACUAGAAAAGAAAAAUUCACGCCUAACUAAGGAAGUUGAGAAUCUGAAGCGUGCAAACAUCCCUCGCAAGAGGCAGUUGCACCUCCAAUCAAAUGACAUUGAAAUUGAAACCAUCGACAUUCAAGAUGUUGGUUUUGGGGAUCAUAAGCGUGUGAAAGAUGACAGAAGCACAAACUCAGUUACUCUUAUACAAAGAAGCACAUACGUACACGCAGGUGGAGAGUGUAGUAGCCCAGUUCAACCACUAGAGGAGGAGGUUACUCAAAAAAUCAUUUCUAAGUUCUUUUAUGAAUCGGGCACUGAUACCAGCCCUGCCUUUUCGUAUAGUUUUCAGAAGAUGUUAAACUCUCUUGGAUGUGGGCAAAUGGGUAAUCCUAAUCUUAUUAUACCAUGUGACUCAGAUUUGAAGGGAAGGUUCCUUCAGGAUGAAGUAAAACAUAUGCAACAAUAUGUGCAGAAGAUAAGAGAUUCAUGGGCAAGCACGGGCUGUAGUAUCUUGUUGGAUGGAUGGAUUGAUGAAGACGGGAGAAACCUCGUAAAUAUUAUAGUUGAAUGUCCACAAGGCCCCGUCUAUCUCCAGUCAGCUGAUAUUUCAGCUACUACUAGUAGUGACAAUGCCUUGGAGCUCUGUCUUGAUGAUGUUAUUGCAGAUGUUGGGUUAGAAAAUGUAGUUCAAAUCCUAACAUACACUGUUUCAGCACGGAUGGAAGCUGUUGGCAAGCAAUUAAUGGAGAAGUACAGAUCAAUUUUUUGGACAGUGAGUGCAUCUCACUGUAUAGAACUCGUGUUAGAGAAAAUGCUUCAGAUUGAUAUGAUAAACACCACACUGGUUAAGGCCAAAACCAUCACGAAGUUCAUUUAUAGCCGUGCUGCAAUAGUUGAACUUAUGAGGACUCAUACGUGGGGUCGUAACUUGAUUAAGCCUUCCCUAAAUAAAUCAGCCAUUUCCUUUUUGACUUUAGAGAAUAUUGUUCUGGAAGAGGAAAGUUUGAAGAAUAUGUUCACCUCCUUAGAGUGGACUAACUCUGAGUGGGCUCUUAGCACGGAGGGAAGAGAAGUGGCUGAUUUGGUGGCUGAUCAGUCUUUCUGGGAGGAUGCAUGGGUAGUGUCACGAGGAACUAUUCCCAUGGUGCGUGUUCUUCAGUUGAUUAAUGAGAAUGAUAAAAUCAAGAUGGGUACUAUAUACGAAACAAUGGACCAAGUUAAGGAAACAAUUAAGAAGGAACUCAAUGGAAGAGAAUCUUUGUAUGUGCUGUUAUGGAAUGUUAUAGAUGAGAUUUGGAACGGCCAUCUUCAUAGCCCUCUCCAUGCUGCCGGUUAUUUUUUGAAUCCAUGUCUUAUUUAUUCAACUGAUUUCUUUAGUGAUGCGGAAGUUGUUGGUGGUCUUAUGCGUUGUAUAAUGCGUAUGACAAAGGCCCAGUCUUUCGAAGAUAUUGUCUCUAGGCAGAUUGAAGAGUAUCAAGAAGCCAAGGGUGCUUUUGGAGAAGGAAGUUCCUCUCACAAUCUACUAAAUGUUUGUCCAGCUUCAUGGUGGACUACUUAUGGUGGUGGAUGCACAGAUUUGCAGAAGUUAGCCGUGCGAAUUCUGAGCCAGACCUGCAGUGGUGGUUCAAAAUAUCAACUGAAGAGGACAUUAGCUGAGAAGAUGCUCACAAAGGGUAGAAAUUUCUCACAGCAACAACUCAUUGACAUGACAUUUGUGCAUUAUAAUAUGCAUUUACAAAAUGUUACUUCAGGGCUCGGUAUUAGUACUUUGGCAGAAGAAUUAGAUGUGCAGAACGAUUGGAUUUCUCAACCAGGUUGUUGAGGGUUGGGUUGUGUGGUGGGUGGUUGUGUAAGAGAGCCUUCUAGCAACUCCUCCCCAUUCUGAAGGUAUUGGAUUUUCUCUAUGGAUUGAUCUAUCAGUUGAUACAUUUCUAUGGUUUACAAAGACUCUAAGUAUGUCGUUUUAAAUAUUGUGGAACAAUAAAUUGUUGUGUUGGGAUGUUGAGUAUCAAGCUUAAAACAUUAGACUUGGCUGAAUGUUGUCUUUUAUUUGUGAGAUAUGCAAGUUUCAAGGUAUGCAACUAUGCAUAUUAAAAGUGAAAAUUUCCAUAUAAUACUUUAUUUGUAUUA